AUGGCCCAAGAAGAAGAUGCUCCGAAUGAGUACUCUAGAGAUUUGCCAAGGAAAGACAAUGAUCAAAUCAUACAGAUGGUUCUCGAACAAUUGGCUGUCCUCAAUGCUAAGCUCGAAGAUUCCACUAGAUCCUCUAGGACCGAACAUUCGACGCCAACACAAGAGGAGCUCGGUAUGUACGCACUAGAUGAGAGAAUCGAAGGUGUGAACUAUGUGGCCAACAACCCCUACUCGAACGCGUACAAUCCGGGGUGGAAAAAUCAUCUCAAUCUCUCAUACAAGUCAAACAGUGUUGAGAAUCCCGCGUCGAACAACUUCAGAGUAUCCGACAACUCGAACCAGAGGAUUCCUCCCGGAGCUCCGAGACAAUCCUACAACAAUGUUGCAUCUCCAGGUAAUCUCGAAUCUAACCCUAAUACGUACGGUCUCCUUAUACAGUUUUUGCAGAGUCAAGAGAAGACGAAUCAGGAAUUUCGAGCUCAGUUUGCAAGCAUCGAGGCUCACUUCAAGAACAUAGACAACCAGAUUGCUCAGCUAGCAUCAGCCAUUCAAAGACCAUCUGGGUCUCUUCCAGGUAACUCUGAGACUAACCCUCGUGCGCAUGUCAAUGCUAUUACCUUGAGAAGUGGUAACCAGGUAGAUUCUGGAGAUCCACCGAUGGUUGAGCAAGGCGAUAGUCCGAGAACCACAGUUUUAGACACUGCUGAUGAUACACCUGAGCCAGCUUACGUGCCUCCUCCUCCUAGACCACCACCAGUACCGUUUCCAUCUUGCCUGAGAAAGCACAACGAAGACAGCCAAUUCGCGAAGUUCGUUGAGAUGCUGAAGAAACUCGAGGUAACCAUGCCAUUUACUGACGCUAUUUUGCAGAUUCCCUCGUACACGAAGUACCUCAAGGACAUUCUGACCAAGAAGAGGGUCACUGAGAAAGAAACUGUGGCGCUUACUGCCGAAUGCAGCGCUUUGAUCCGACACGAGCUCCCGCUUAAGCGGUCCGAUCCAGGUAGCUUUUCAAUCCCUUGUAAAUUGGGUAAUGUUUCCAUCGAUCGUGCACUCUGUGAUUUAGGAGCUGGCGUCAGUCUUCUUCCGUCAUCGAUUUUCAAGAAGCUGAAUGUGGGUGAGCUGAAACCCACUAGAAUGACUCUCCGACUUGCCGAUCGUUCUAUCAAAUACCCCACUGGGAUACUCGAGGAUGUGCCGCUGAAAGUCGGGAAUUUCUAUAUCUCGGUUGACUUUGUGGUUCUCGACAUGGACGAAGAUUCUAAGGUACCUAUCAUCCUUGGUCGUCCAUUCCUUAACACUGCAGAUGAUGUUAUCCAUGUUAGAGCAGGUAGACUAACAAUGAAGAUUGGAGAUGAGACGGUGGAGUUCACUUUGGACAAAAAUCUCAAACAACUGUCAUCAACAGGAUCCUUGCUUCAUAAACACACUCGACAAUUCAGCUCAGAAGUAUGA